CAGACAGGGAGACAGAGAGGGAGACAGUCAGACAGACAGGCAGACAGACAGGGAGACAUCAUGAUCAUCAAAGACCACAUCAACCUGCCGGGCUUCGCUGGGCAGCACCCACUGUGUGGACCCAACGACGAGCGUUUCGGGAUCAGGUUCCCCUGUAUGUCCGAUGCCUACAGUAAGGACCUGAGGCGCCUGGCUGUGGAGGUGGGCUCUGAGCUUAGCUGUCUGUCUGACUACCUGUCUGCCUGUCUGACUACCUGUCUGUCUGUCUGCCUGUCUGUCUGUCUGUAGUUUCGGGAUCAGGUUCCCCUGUAUGUCCGAUGCCUACAGUAAGGACCUGAGGCGCCUGGCUGUGGAGGUGGGCUCUGAGCUUAGCUGUCUGUCUGACUACCUGUCUGCCUGUCUGACUACCUGUCUGUCUGUCUGUCUGUCUGUAGUUUCGGGAUCAGGUUCCCCU